AUGGCGCCACAGGCGCGUGCCGCCGAAGCGCGCGCAACGUAUGGGGUCGCCACUGCCGCACGCCUGGUGUCAGCGUCGGUCCUCGCGAUUGUGGUGUGGCACCCCAUCCUCAUGGUCCUGGCGUUCCCCGUGCUCAUGGGUGAAGCCCUCCUGGCUUACCGCGCCCCCUGGUCCGCCAGCUUCACCAGGCCUCAGCGCAAGGUCGUCCACUGGGUGUCCCACACCCUCGCAAUCGUCUGCAUCGCGGGCGGCCUGUCGGCCGUGUGGCGCAGCCACGACCUGGCAAAGCCGCCCAUUCCCAACCUAUACAGCCCCCACAGCUUCCUGGGGCUCUCCGCGGUCAGCCUGCUGGCGCUGCAGGUGUGCGGUUGCACCAGCAGCCGAGAUUGGCGCGCCUAA